GUAAAAAAAAGCAUUGAAGUUCAUCAAGUCGACGUGAUUCCAACAGAGCUGACUGGCUGACGCUCUCAGGCUUUAAACUCCAAACCAUACGGAACUGUUUUUCUGCCCAUGGUCUUGUUCCUCUCUGGAGGCUUCCUGGGGGGUCACACUUUCUCUCUGGAAUUACCCAAGUGAUCUGAAAUGAUCUAAUCAAUACCAGGUUUUUAUUUUCUUCUCACUCAGGAAAACUUCCAAGCUGACAUGAAUGCCGAGAGGCUUUCUUCUCACUCAAGGAAGGUGAAAAGGACAUUGGAUGCUCACUUCAAGCUAGAUGUCACUUCUUGUGUACUCUACCAGUUUUUGUUACUUCAAUUCUGAGAAAUAAGAAGCCAUGAUUCUUCAGAUGCCUCCAUGCAAAUGUUUCUCUAUCGUGUUUCCUUUCUCUGAUAAAUCUGCCCAAUUUCCUACCAGCUGUCACUGCUUCCUGCCAAUGAACAAAGACUGGAGAAGUUGCAUCAGAUUUAUUAGGUGAAUUCUAAUUUCUUCCUGGAGGUGAAAGAAGACAUAGGCAUGAAGCUGUGGCAGUCAGUAUUGGAAGCAUUUAUUCUGCUACCUUAUCUCAACAUACGGCUUGUUGAUGGACAAUCUCCUCCUGGAAAGCCUAGAAUAAUAAGUUGCCUGUCCCAAGGAAAUGAAACAUUUACUUGCCAAUGGGAACCUAGUUCAGAUGGCAGUCUUCCUACAAAUUAUACUUUGCUGUACAACACGUUUGGUGAAGAAGAGACUCAUGAAUGUCCAGAUUACCUAUCUGCUGGCCCCAAUUCCUGUUACUUUAAUCAAAGAGUCACCAGGCUUUGGCAAACAUACAACAUCAGUGUAAAAGCUAUCAAUGAUGCAGGAAGUAAUAUUUCUGAUCCUCAUUAUGUGGAUAUAAAAGAAAUGGUUAAGCCAAACCCUCCCAUGAAUCUCUCUCUGGAAGUCAAAAUGAUGAAUGGACUAAUGUAUCUGUGGGCAAAAUGGUCACCACCUCCACGGGUCAAUCAUUUAGCACUAUGUAAUUAUGAAUUACGACUAAAGUCUUCAGAAGGAAAAGAAUGGGAGAGUUAUUUUGUGGGAGAGCACGUGCAGUAUAAAAUAUCUCAGCUGCACCCAGGAAUGAAAUACACUGCUCAGGUUCGCUGUAGAAAAGGACAUGGCGAAAGGAGCGCAUGGAGCCCAGAAAGUUACAUCCACCUCCACAGUGGCCAACCUCCAGGGAAGCCAGUCUUUAUAGGAUGUCGCUCUCCUGAGAAAGAAACCUUUACUUGCUGGUGGAAGCCCAGCUCUGAGGGAAGUCUCCCAAGAAACUAUACACUGCUCUAUAACAGAGAAAGAGAUAACAAAUACUAUGAAUGCCCAGACUAUACAACAGAGGGGCCCAAUUCCUGUUACUUUGAUAAAAAGCAUACAUCACUUUGGAUAACAUAUAAUUUUACUUUAAAAGCAAUGAAUGAGAUGGGGACUAGCAUGGCAGACCCUUAUUAUGUGGACGUAGCUAAUAUAGUUCAGCCAGACCCUCCAGAAAAUCUCUCCCUAGAAUUUGAGAAAAAAGUAUAUGGCGAAUAUCUGUUGUUGAAUUGGAAUCCACCUUCCCUGGGUGAUGUCAAAUCAGGCUGGCUAACUCUGGAGUAUGAGCUACGCAUAAAGCCCGAAGGAGGACAAGAGUGGGAAAAAAUAUUUGUUGGGCAAAGGACGACUUAUAAGAUGUUCAGCGUAAAUCCAGGAGAAAGAUAUGUGGCACAGGUUCGUUGCAGAUCAGAUCAUGGUAACUGGAGCACCUGGAGCACUGAAAGUUCUAUUAAACUCCAACAAGGUAUUAACCUAAAGGAUGUAGUUGUUUGGAUCUUUGUGGUUUUUUUAUCAAUUACCACAUGUUUGAUCCUAAUCUGGAUACUGGCUUUGAAAAGAACCAAGAUGGUGGCUCACCUUCUACCACCAGUUCCAGGUCCAAAAAUAAAAGGCUUUGAUGUUCAACUAUUACAGGCAGGGAAAUCUGAAGAAUUACUGAGUGCUCUCAAUUGCCAGGGUUUUCCUCCAACUUCAGACUAUGAUGAUCUGCUGGUAGAAUUUUUGGAGAUAGAUGACAGUGAAGAUCAGCAGUUAAUGCCAGACCAUGAAAAGAGUAACCCCAAUAAAAAUAUAAAGCCAGCACAUCAAGAAACAGGCUGUGACUCAGGAAGAGGAAGCUAUGAGAGUCCAUCUCUACUGCGAGAGAAACAUAAGGAAGCCAGAAAACUGCCCUCUGAAGCAGAAGUACUGGGUCCUGAUGAGAUACACAGGAACACUGAUAGAAAAAACCUAUCAGAAACAUUGAAACUAGACCCUGAAAGGCAUUUCACAUGGUUGACCAGCGGGAGCCCAAAAGCAUCUACAUGGCCUGGAGACCAGCCAGGGAACACUCACAAUCGAAAGUGUUCCUCUCAUGACACCAUAGAGAUCUGCAAAAUAGCACUCAAAGCCACAAAUGUAAAAAGGUCACCCAUCUUGGGGAGAAGUGAAGGAAAGCGUUGUUCUCAACCUCCUGAAUCCAUUGAGACUGUUAGUAAAGAAAAAACAACCCAACUGGAGAAUGAAGCAAAUUUGUCUCUAAAUGCUCAGUAUAAUCAAGAGGUGUUUUGGUUAGCACCUCCAGGGCAGCUGCCUUUGACGUCUACAAAGCCCAUGGAUUAUGUAGAGGUUCACAAAGUCAGCAAUGAUGGCGCUUUGGCUGUGUUACCCAAGCAGAAAGAAAGUAUUGACAAAACUGAAAAGGGCCCUGGACCUACAGAUGCAAAAGAAUACAUCACGGUUUCAACUGUUGUAGCUAAUCAUAUUCUGGUAUUAUUACCAGAGUCUAGAAUGGAGGUUUUGCCUUCUUUUCAGGACCCGCCAAAGGAGUCCAACCAGAAGAGCCAGGCAGAAAAAGACAUGGUCUAUUGCCUCCCAGUUCCAAACAUGUGCAAAAUACAGACUGGUGGUUUAGAUUACAUGGAUCCAAAUAACUUUAUGCCAGCCUUUCAUUCAUGAAACAAAUUAAAAUUCUCAGGUGACACAAGGGAAAUAAACAUUCUUGACACAAAAUGGCUCAGCUGUAGCUCACAUGUUUUUAUUCUUUAUAUUUAGUCAUUAAGAACAGACAGGGGAAAAAAAAUCAUCUUGCUAUCUGUGAUUAGGAGAAUUAUUUUUGUGAAGUCUGACUUGCAGGAAAUCAAAGUAUGUGUCAUGAUUUUAUUCCAAACUACAACAAUCAACAGCACCUAUUUCUGAGAUGCCUUAUCAAAAAGGAUGAAGUAUCAAAUAUUGCUGGUUAAGGGGUAAUUGGGCAGUGGCCACCCUGGUGUGAAGGCUACAAUACAUAUGCAACCCACCAUAUUUACUUCUCAUUUAUUGAGCCAUGAAAUCUGAUGUAAUGUAGAACAAAUAUACAAGAGCACAGGCCUUGCACUCAAGAGCAUUCCUCUUUCGAGUGCCACAGAAUUGUAUCUCCCUCAGAUUUCGGGUGACUCUUUUGUACAUAGGUCCCUCCUCCUCACCAUUUGUGAGAGAGGUCUCUCCUACCUGCUCUCCUUUAUUUCCACCAGAUACAAACGAUUGAUGACAUUGAAGAACCCUGAGUAGCUGCCAUUUAUAUUUCCCCCAGUGACCUGGAUCUGUGCUCUAUUGUUCUGCUGAGCUAUGGGCAGUUAUGGCUUGGGUGCUCAGUGGAAGCACUAGAAUAUCUCAAGGGACUGUGUCAGUAAUAGGGGGCUCAUGGCAGUGUCCAGGGAAACUCGCUGUUGAUGCCCAAGCUCAGUCAUUCUUUUACCAGCCAAAAACUAUAUGCUUUGCUGUUGCUUCAGUAGAAUAAAUAUGACACUUAACAACAAA